CCGAGUCGGGCGGUCGAAGCUCUAGAAUUGAAUCCGGUCAAGAGCAGAGAAGUCGACCGGAACGUAGAACUCGUGUCGGCUGCAGAGGAUGAGAGAAUUGGCCGCCCAGCGUUUUUUUUCUUUCGUGGUUUGGGAAAUGAAAUGGCGAGAGACAGCUGACAUGUGGGUGCAGGACCACGCACGUCACCACCAACAACGACAGAUGCUGCACAAGGACGGGUGGAAUACAGAAUGGAUCAAAAGGAGACCGGAGAUGCCGACAGGACCAGGUAGUAACAGGAUGAAAAGGAUAAAGUAGCCAUCAGGAGAGGAGAUAUGGGAUUGGGAGAGCGACAAAAGUGGGUGUGGGGAUGGAUAUGGACAUGGAGGAGGAG